AUGACCACUAUCGAGUCUAUCAUCCCGACUAUGACCACCUUCAGCACUGGUCGUGUUCCUAUGCCCUCUGUGGCCCCUUCGGAGGCUCCCCCUCCUCCCUCCUCCCCCACCAAGCCCUCCGCGAUCGACAACCUGGCAAGGAUACCGGCAGGCCUUUGGGUGUUGAUUUUCCUCGUUGUGGGCUUCAUCCUCACUGGCGGGACGUUCUUUUUUAUCAAGAGGCAGAAGGCGAAGCCGAGGAAUGAAGUCCCCCUUGUUGACAUGAAUCCGACCAUCGAGGCCAUAACCACGGCCACCGCAACACUGAACAAGACCACCACAUCCCUGGAAAAUGCUGCUAAACAUUUGAAUACGGCCGUCCGAUCCCAAAACACUCCCACCACCAUCACCACUACGACUCCAACCCAAUCCCCGGAAGAGGUGGAAGCUGAAGAUCAUGGUCAAACCCCUGGCCCCUCCUCUCCCCCCGAAAAUGUCAACGGCCACCCGGGCCCCCCAAAGCCUAAGCUCCGAGACAAGAUGAGAGACCCUGCUUAUUUGAACGCCGGCCUCUCUGGUGGGCGCACCACUAUGCAUGGUUUGGGGAAGGUCGGCAAAUGGCUCGGUAUUGGCGAGCAGGCAUAA